GCUAUUGUAUGGAACCUGUUCAAAAUAAGCACAGUGCUUACUACAACUAAGUGGACUUGUUGAAGGAUAUUUAUAAUAUAUAGGCUUUACGAAUCGAAUUCGGAUGAAGAGCUGAUACAUAGUUUUUCACAGACGAUGACAAGUGCGGUUCCCCCUGGAAAAAAGGCCGCACUAUGCCGCUAUUACUUAAACACGGGGUCAUGUAUUUAUGGGGAUGAGUGUCAAUUUCUACAUCAAGCCCCUCCAGGAAUGCAAAAUUCGUAUUCGAACGGACCCAGUUCCUCAAAUGGAGAACCAGGUCUGGAGUCAAUGCCUAACAAUGGGGAUCAGUAUUUCAAUGCUACCUUUGGUUCCAUACCAGAGUUCCAGCCUUUCUCAGGGAGACAAAGGCCAAGAUCAAGAAACAGCGUGCUUGGAUCCCUGUCCCAGAAUGCCAAGCCAUUUGUCCCCGCAGGGCCACCGGGUCCCCCAGGGCCUGGGGGGUUGGAUCAAAACAUGGCCAAUGACUUUCAAGCGUUGAACCUGGCAGGAACCCCUGUUCCCCCAGGGAAGGGUACCCCGGCUGACUUAUUGAAGUCAGCAGCAUCUUUGUCUCACAGUUCCAGCACUCCAUCUUUCACUCCGUACUCUUCCAUGUUCAACACUUCCACGUCAUCCACUCCCACAAGUCACAUAGCUGCCAGUAGUGUUUACUCAUCUGCCAGUCCAAAUCACAGCCCUGGUAUAUCUCCAAGUGGUUCCCCACUGACACUGAGAAGAACUGCAUCACCUGUGGCUCCACUGCGACAGACUACAGUGCCCCAGAAACCUCAGCAGCACCCACAGGCACCAGGAGGGGGACCCGGUGGGCCAGGAGGACCUGGGGGACCGGGGGGACCUGGAGGUGGGGGAGGCACAAUCCAGGAAAACUUUGGAGGGACAACCUACUUCUACCAUCCCGAUGAUUUUGCUCCUCAGUAUGAAGGAGUGCAACUGCCAAAUUUCACCAUGUACCCAGGGCUGCCUCCACACAUUGCUCACAUGAAGGUCAAGGUUAACAUGCCACAGUUCUUCAUGCCGGAUGAAAUCAAGAUGGAACUUCUAAACAGACAUGCUUUAACACUGGCACAAAUUGACCCUACUCAGAAUCCAGAUGUACCGACGGAGGUGGACAACUACCACAACCUUCCCCUGGAGCCACCGCCCACCACCCAGCUCCCCAAGUCCAGCACCUUCACAUAUCCCACCACCUGCUACAAGGCUCUCAACACCAAAGAUGGACUUACAUACUGUCUUAGGAGGGUUCAUGGCUUCCGAUUGGCUAACGCAAAGUGUAUGCCGCUGAUUGACAUGUGGAAGAAGAUGUUUCAUCCCAACAUUGUGCAAUUGAAGGAGGUCUUCACCUCUAAAGCUUUCGGUGAUAACUCUAUUAUCUUUGUGUAUGACUACUUCCCUGGAGCCGAGACCCUGAUGUCACGCCAUUUCAACACACCGCCCACAAUGAAUGGUUACAGCAGCCCCUUCCAGGGUGGGGAAGGGCCCCCACCAGGAGCAGGAGCUCGCCCCUAUAGUGCUGGGAAAGGGACAGGAGCAAGUGCCAACAACUCUGGCAUGAAUGGCCCUCGCCAACAUGCUGGCCUGCUGCCCGAGUCACUCAUCUGGACCUAUGUCGUCCAGCUGAGUUCCGCACUCCGUGCCAUACAUGCCACUGGCCUCGCUUGUCGGGCCCUAGACCCUACCAAGAUCCUUGUCUACAGCAAGUCCAGGAUGCGGCUGAACUGCAUGGGGAUUAUGGAUGUUCUGACGUUUGACAGUAACCAGGCCAACCCACUUGCUUUGAUACCACACUACCAGCAAGAGGAUCUGGUUGCCCUCGGACGCAUCUGUCUGGCGCUUGCCUGUAACAACAUCAUGGGGGUACAACGAGAUCACCUGCCGGCAGCCAUGGAUCUUGUUGCCAGGAACUACUCACCUGACCUGAAAAAUCUCAUCUUGUAUCUUCUGACCAAUCAGAAUAGACCAAGAAGUAUCAAUGACGUGAUGCCAAUGAUUGGAGCCCGAUUCUUUACUCAGCUUGAUGCUGCUCAACUUCGAACAGAUGUGUUGGAGAAUGAGUUGGCCAAGGAAGUAGAAAAUGGCCGCCUAUUCCGUCUGCUGGUGAAACUUGGUGCAAUUAACGAGAGACCUGAGUUCAACAUGGAUCCAAGCUGGUCAGAAACUGGAGAUCGCUACAUCUUGAAGCUGUUUCGUGAUUACUUGUUCCACCAAGUGGAUGAGAGUGGUGCACCAUGGAUUGAUCUUGCUCAUGUCAUUCAGUGUGUCAAUAAAGUUGAUGCAGGUGUCCCAGAGAAGAUUUGCUUGAUGUCGAGAGACGAACAGAGCAUCCUUGUCGUGUCCUACGCUGAAAUCAAAAGAUGUUUUGAGAGUGCUUUCUCUGAGCUGUUGAAUGCCGGACACCAACCGUCCCCAUUCUCAUAGCAAGGGGGAAUCCUGUGAAUGCAGCCAAACGCCAUUCCUGAGGCAGCACACUCGAACAAAGGAAGAGUGCUGCGUUUUAGUCAGACUAUAUCAAUUCAGUCAUAUUUGUUUGUGGAGAGAUCUCACCAAGUAUUGAAGAAUAUGUCUAUUGUAUUGCUUUCUGAUUUCAGAAGAAAGCGAUUUUUCUUUAUACAGAAAGCAUGUUUUCCUUCAAGAUAAGGGCUUAUCUCUGUUUAUAUAUCAAUUGUCAUUGUACAUCAUGAAUGUGUAUAAUGUAGGACAACAGAUUGGCUGCCUGGCAAUACUGUAUUUAUACAAUGAUCAUUUUUUAAAUGAUUUAAAAUGUAACUGUAUAUUUAUCCUGUGCUGGUGGCUGCAGAUAUGAAAAGAAUCUUGCCCCCAAAACUGAUGGAUAAAAUGAAAUGUAGAGUCUUCUUGUUGGAUGAAACUGCCACAUUAAUAUGUGAAUAGACUCAUAUAUCACAUCGAUGAACAUUUCAUGUACAUAAUCGUUGUAUAUAUAAAAAGUACUUCAUAUGUCAGAUGUGUUUACCAUACUUCAUGGGGCGUCCAUCCAAUUUGGCCAUGACAAUAGUGAAUGGACAAGGUCUAAGACUAUUUAAACAACGGGAGUAUGCUAUUAAAAACAUAGUCACAAAAAGUUUUAAAUUUUUGAAGAAGAGUCUCAACAUUGUUUCAAAUUGAAAUAAGAAUUGGUCGAUGGUGCAAAAAAAUGAUUUUAGGAAGAUAUUCUGUCAGGGUAAACCAGGGUGGAACAUUGGAGUCUUGUAAUGUUUAUAGCGAUUCUGAGAAUGCAGUUUGAUGAUUGAAUGUGAACUUGUUGAUUAUUGCUGAGGUUAUGGUAAUAGGAACUUAUGUGGAGUUCAUUUCAUCAGUUCAAUCUGUUUUACAAUUCUCAGUUCAAAUGGGUCUGUGUGCAGCUUGUUCUAGUCACUGAUUUGUGUCUUCUCUAUCAGGGGCGGUCAUAGUUCAGUGGUCGAUGGCCUUUAUAAUGUUUUGUUCACUCUUUCAAAAAGUAAUUGGUUUAAAAAAUUCUGGUUUCCACACUGGUGAUAAACUUUGGAAAGUUUGAGCUGGCAAAUGGGUAAUUUAAUAUUCGUGUUUGGUGUUUUGCCAUCAGUGGUCUUUGUUCAGUGAUGUUGAAUUAUGAAUUUUAGGUUACUUUCUAUUUUGCUGACAACUAAUGGCUAAGCAUACUUAAGGGAACAUUGUUUUGUGACGGUGAAUAUUAAAACUGUGUGCUUAUAUGUAACUUGAUCUCGUACAGACAUGAUAUUGUAAAUUCAGUUGUUAGAGUUUUUCAACAAGUGUAAUAUUACAAAAGAAAUUCUGUAAUUUGAUCCAUCCUCCAUAGCAAAUUUUAGAAACAUAGAAGUAUUUUUGUAGGUUUUGUCAAGAAAAUCAUGAUCCAACAAUUAUUAGUAUUUUCAUCAAUUUUGUCAGGGAAAAUCUCAAGCUGUGAUCAACUUUGUUUAGCAUUGAUUCCUGUUUAGGAUUCUCCUUUCUGUCUCAUUAUUUAAUGAAAAUAUUCUGAUUGUGAGAUCCUGUAUUACUUGUUUAAGUUAUUGAAGAAAGGUCUAUCCAUUCUGUAUAAAUGAACAUUGGUUUAUCUGUGGCCUAAUCCACUGGUACACACUACAUACAAUAUGGAGGUCUGUUACAGGACAGGGCGGUGGGGUAGCCUAGUGGUUAAAGCGUUCGCUCGUCACACCAACAUGGGUACAAUGUGUGAAGCCCAUUUCUGGUGUUCCCCUGCCGUGAUAUUGCUGGAAUAUUGUUAAAAGUGGCGUAAAAUCCAACUCACUCACUCACUGUUACAGGACUCUUCCUUUCAAGAAUGAUUUGAGGUCUUUCAGUACACUUCUGCUGCUCAGUUUUCAUCUUUGGUAUUUUCCUUGUAUUUGAUUUUCGUGCUGUUUGCCGUCCAUGCACUCAACAGCCUUCUGUCCAGCUUGUGGUCAAGGACAUACAGAACUCUCUCUCAAUCUACUGGUAAGAGGUCUAACUUCUGUUUGGUGAAGUUUCUUAUUUUUUAUUUCGUAUGUGUUAGAAAACUUGACCAUUGUUGGGAGGUGUAUAAUUAUUACAAUACCAAUAUCAGGACGUUGACUGGUGACAACAUUCCAGGAAGCUAAGGGUACAGGGUGAAUUGGACUGGCUAGCUUUAUCACUAGGUAGAUCUGAUGGGGAUAUUUCUUGUUGUAUUAACCCCACUGACAUGGCCUUAAGGUGUAUAAAACUAUUAUCACACACUAGCGAUAAUCCUGUUAUCAGAAUGCAGUGUCAUUGGUAUGGGUUUCUGAAGAUUGUAGAUGUGCACAUCAUGCGUGAUAAGGCUCAGUUGUGAGGAGGGCUUUGAGUAACUGAGUAACAGUCUUACCAUGUCUGAAUUGACUUCAUUUAGAGGAAACAGGUAGGUCUACAACAAAAAUAUCUCAAUAUAAAUUUUGUUGUCUACUAUCGUUAGAUUUUUUAAUGAUACAGGAAAUUGGAAUAUUGGUAAAGGAAGGCCGUGGGGAUUAAAGGGUUAACAUGCAUACACACUGUAUAUAGAUGUACACUUGUGUCACAACUAUGUAAUACCUUGACUUGCAUUCGGGCCCACUUUCACUCAAGUUAUACCCAUUCUCUGUAGGACAUGUGAUUAUUGUUGUGGCUGUUUUUCCUAUGGAUUGUGGAACGUUGAAUUUUUCUUCGAAGUCAGAUUCUUAUAUUUUGAACAGAUUUUUCAAUUGCCCAUUUGUGAAUUAUUUUGUCAAAUUCUAAUGUUUCAAAUGAUCUUGAUUUUUUUAUUGGUAUUUUUGAAAGUGGUUUCACAGACAGCUGUCGUAUCAAAUGAACAGAUGGUUUGGGAAUGUGGUGCGAAUUGUUCUAAGUCAGUGUAGAUUUUUUGUGUCUAAUCAAUUUCGAAAGAAAAUUCUGAUUAUUAUUUUUCAAAUUUAGAGAGAAAUGGUUCCAAAUGCAAUGAAUUUUGUGGAAACGAUAUCAAAACAUAUGAAUUAUUUCUUGGAAAGUAUUUAAAGGGUUUGUAAUAAUUAGGAUGAAGUGUAGUGCGUACUGUCGUAUGAAAUGUUUUGUCGUGUCUGUGGCUAUAGAACCACAAGUUGCCAAUGAAAUGUUAAAUGUGUCUGAUAGCAUUUCAGUGACAGAGCUUAUCAUGGUGUCGUUCAUUUCUAAAGGUAAAUCAUGCUUUCAUUACUAUAACAGACUACAUCAAAAUCAUGAACUUAUAUUUUACAUUGCAGCUAUCAGUAUUUCAUUUCAAUUUUAGUAGUCACAUUUUAAAAUGGCAGUCAUUCAUUGAUUUUAACAGGAAACGAUGUUGUUGCAGUUCCCUUUGGGAUACAUUAGAGUUGAUACUAUAAAUACCAUCUCUCCAUAGUUGCAGUUGUUGUUUGUGCAGAUUAUUCAAUGAAACAUGACAUGAACUCUUCACAUUUAAUGAUUAUAGUGCUGAUUUUGAUGAUAGUUCUAUAAUUAUUUCAAAUGGUAUUUUUUUCUCCCCGUAAAGUGAUCGUAUUGGUUGAGUUUAUUGACUAUUUCAUAGCCAGAUAGCCUUUUUUCUGUAAUUCCAGUAAUUUUCUGUAGUCUGUAUUCUGAAUUCCAGUGUGUAUUUGAUUUGUUUGAAUAGUUGCUAUCCAAACCUGUACUGCAGAAGCUUGGUUUGGGCAGAGUGACAAUAUUCCUAAUUAGGGCCAUUAAGUUAUGCUGCUGGGCCCUGAAGAAGGAUAAGUAAUCUAAGGCACUAGGGGUGCUGGGGAGUACUUUUGAAGAGCCCUGAUACUGCGUAUGUAACCUCAGGUAUCGUGGGCACUGGGGAAGGGGGCAUCCCCAUGGGUUACCAUGGACACCGUAACAAGGAUGCAUCAUCAUUUGGCAGGGUUUGUUGGGACAUUACUGACCUCGCUUAGGACUGUAAUGUGUUCAGUCCUGUCAGAAGAUAUGUAGCCAUCAUGCCUGAUUAUCCCAAUUAUGGUAUACUGAGUUAGGGCUGUUCAGGAAAGCAACAGUGCCCCGAUAUGGGAUAUUUUACAUUUUGCUCAGUCUCUGUGGAGCAUGAUGUUCAGCAGAACCAGCAUGUCUUAAUUUGAAUAGGGCAAACAGUAGACUGUAUUUGACUGCUGUAUGUAGAUGCUCCUUACUGAUCUGUCAAAAUUCUCCGUACCCAACGUAAUAUUUCUGUCAAUACUUUCAUUUUCUUGUGAUCAAUGAUUUCAUUGUUUUGGGGUGACAAUCAGAACCUAUUUUCUGUUAAGUCUUGGCCAAGACUGUAAAAGUACAUAUAUCAUACGUGGCAUGGUGGCACUAUGUGCCAUUCAGUUUCAUGAUGGAUCCAUCAUUAAGAGUAGGUCAUUCAUGAGUGAAGAAAUUGCACAAGUACUUCUCAGGAAUGGAGCAAUAAGACAUCUCUUCAUUUGCUAGCGUGUUGAUCAAUUUGAUGUUACAUCAGUGAACAGACCUACGGUGCCAAGAUUUACAGAGUUAACCCUUUCACUUCUAAAUCAAUUUUUUAUAAGUAGCUUUGGUUUAGAUCACUUAUAUCAUUGUGAUAAACCCUUUUCUUGUCAAAUUGAAAGCUCUAUUUGAAGGUCAAGUUGAAGGUCAUGGAGUGUUUUGUUAUUGACACAGCAUUUGACCCGGGGUCAAGGUCAAUCAUCAAGUAUUACAGAGCUAGUCCUGGCCUAUGCAUAGGUCACUUAUAUUGGGUGCCGGGAGUUAUCUUGGAAAUCCAAUUGCAUUUUAGUGCUAACUUAUGAAUGUGUGAUAGGCCAUGACAUGAGUGUCUCUGAACAUAGUGAUGAGCUCAGGAGCAUUUUAUCAGUAUGGAAUUGAGUUUGAUUAGUUGGUUCUUGUCCUUCAUCUGUUUAAAUCCAUAACAUAUCAGCUUUGGAAUGGUGCUAGUGAAUGAUGGAGUGAUCAUCAUUUCAUUUUCAUCACGACGAGUUGACAGUUUGUCAGCUUUGUGGUCAUUUGUGUACUCGAGCUAAGUUUUUGUGAACAAAUAUAUCUCUGGACUUGACAUUAUGUCAUAUGCUCUGAUGAAUGCCACAGAAAAGAAUCCCAGUUAUUUUAAUUGGAAAGUAAGGAAUUAUGUUAGCACAUGUUGAUUGUAUAGACUACUGAACACAGCAGUUGAUUUCAUUUCAUUGUCAUGAGUAUGGUCCAAGCUCAAAUCACCUGGAGAGAAGUGUCAUGGCCGCUGUAGACUCUAAUAGCAGACGUGAGCGUUGUGAUCCUUCUGAAAGUAGGGUGCUUUGAAUGGGAGUUGUGAGGGCUGGGAGUUAGAGUUAGAAGUUACAUCAAACAAAAACACUCAGUUUGCAAAUUCUGUCCAGAAAGCAGCUAGCUUUCACAACAAACAUUAUGUUUGGCAAUGUUUGGUAAUGUUGGACUUUGGCCCAAAGAUUUAACGCUGACUUUGCAGUGAUGAAAUGUGAUGCAAGAAAUAUAAAUUCAGAUAUGACAUGGUGGGUCAAAAUAUGUAAUGGUCACACAGUGUCUGAUGUCAGCCCCACCUGAAGUCAGCAGGAAGAUCUAAGGGCAGUUAACUCUGAUCGAGAAGGACAUGGAUUGUUGGUGCAGUGUGCUGAGAUGCAUGGAGUCAUGAGUGUGGUAAGCUCUGUAAUGUUGAUAACUUUGUCCUACGGGGUCUUCAAAUAAUUUUUGAAGAAAAGAUCUGUACAGAUUUAUUGAGCAAUUGUAAAAUAUGAGAUUGUAUUUUUAUUGAAAUAAAGGUAAAAAGUACCUGUA